UGUCCGAGCUGUGCUCGGACGAAGGUACUGAUCUGCUGUAAAGCACUGUAUAUUAAAAAUUAUAUCGAAUAAACCAUAUCGACAGUCGGUACAACAUUUAUACAGCUCCGGACCCCCCGCGACCCAGAAGGAUAAACGGUUUGAAAAAUGGAUGGAUGGACGGGUCUACUCUUAUAUUUGAGCUUUAAUCGUUUGGAAUGAAACAGAAAACUGCGAGCCACUAACAUCUACCUACAAGGCAACGCAUUCUGUUCACCAUGAGCGACGGUGGGAGACUAAACAGAGUCAAGCUGGUGGUACUUGGAGGGGACAAUUGUGGCAAGACAGCGCUCUGCGUCAGAUUCAUCACCAAGCGUUUCAUUGGAGAGUAUGACCAUAAAAAGGAGGUGACAUAUAAGUGUCAGAGAGUUGUGGACAAAGAAGCAAUUGAUCUGGAGAUCUUGGACACAAUCAGCAAGUGUUUGGGACCCACUGCCAACACUCUGGAGAGUUACAUCAAAUGGGGCGACGGCUUCCUGAUUAUGUACUCUGUGACGGACCGCAACACAUUUCUGUGUAUCUCAAACCUGAAGAAGCAGGUUGACCACUUCAAACAGACCUUUGGCACGCCCAUUGCAAUUGUGGCCAAUAAGAGCGACAUGGAGAAUGGACGAGUUGUUCGGACAGAGGAGGGACAAGCCCUGGCCAACGAGCUAAGGUGUGCUUUCUAUGAGCUGUCUGUGGCAGAAGACUGGACUGUAGUGGAUAGUGCCAUGACCCAGCUGGUCCUGGAGGUGAAACUGGCCUUUCAUAAGCAGCAGAUGGCCAUGGAUAAGCGUUCCCGUAUGCUACAGGUGGGCUAUGCCCUGAAGAACAAACUCACCCGCAGCAAGACCAUGCAAUGGUGAGCCGAGAGCAUGCCGCUCACUUCUGAGGAGGGCAGCCCUCACGCUGGUGCAUGCCUUCACGAGGACUGCAGGUCUGCAGGGGUUCACCCACAACGUUCCAGUGACUGAGCCAUAGCCAGUCUGAACACCUCAUCUAGAGAGGUGUUGAUUUUAGAUAGAUUCUGCUCUUAAACUUAUAUGUCACAUCUUCACACAUUUUCAUUACCAUGCUUAAGCUGAUUGUUAAAAUUCCGUUCACAGACAUGGUACUUGGUUUACGACACCUGUUACCAGGAAUGGACACUGACAAAACAUUAUACUUAACAUUGGUAUAUUUUUUAAAAAUAGCUUGUGGAAAAUGUCACAAAAAAGUUAUUCUAAAAUGAUUAAAUAAAAACUAUGUACUUCAGCUGCA